CGCCGCUCGGCCCCGCCCCUCCCCCUCCGCGCUCGCUCUCUGUCAGCCUCUCCCGCUCCCUUUCCCUCUCCCUCGCCCCUGCCUCCGCUCGCACCUGAGCGCCCGCACCUGCCCGGCCGGCUCCUCUCCCUCCGGCCUCCUGCCCGCCCUCCUCUGCCCGCCGGGCCGGAAGGCUCUGGCCUGGGCGCAGGAGCCUCGCGGCUGCGUCACCGCGGCCCCCAGACAAGAUGGACACCGCGGAGGAAGACAUAUGCAGAGUGUGUCGGUCAGAAGGAACACCUGAGAAACCUCUGUAUCAUCCUUGUGUAUGUACUGGCAGUAUUAAGUUCAUCCAUCAAGAAUGCUUAGUUCAGUGGCUGAAACACAGUCGAAAAGAAUACUGUGAAUUAUGCAAGCACAGAUUUGCUUUUACACCAAUUUAUUCCCCAGAUAUGCCUUCACGGCUUCCCAUCCAAGACAUAUUUGCUGGGCUGGUUACAAGUAUUGGUACUGCAAUACGAUACUGGUUUCAUUACACACUUGUGGCCUUCGCAUGGUUGGGAGUUGUUCCUCUUACAGCAUGCCGCAUCUACAAGUGCUUGUUUACUGGCUCCGUGAGCUCACUACUGACACUGCCACUGGACAUGCUGUCCACGGAGAACCUGUUGGCGGAUUGUUUGCAGGGCUGUUUCGUGGUGACAUGCACACUGUGUGCGUUCAUCAGCCUGGUGUGGCUGCGAGAGCAGAUCGUCCAUGGGGGAGCCCCGAUCUGGCUAGAGCAUGCUGCGCCGCCCUUCAAUGCUGCAGGGCACCACCAGAAUGAGGCUCCGGCAGGGGGAAAUGGUGCAGAAAAUGCUGCGGCUGAGCAGCCUGCCAACCCGCCAGCAGAGAAUGUGGUGGUGGGGGAGAACCCAGAAGCACAGGAUGACCCGGCGGAGGAGGAGGAAGAGGAGAAUGAGGAGGAGGACGAGGCAGGCGUUGAGGAUGCCGCGGACGCCAACAAUGGGGCCCAGGAUGACAUGAACUGGAACGCUUUGGAGUGGGACCGGGCUGCAGAAGAGCUCACAUGGGAGCGGAUGCUGGGACUUGAUGGAUCACUAGUUUUUCUUGAACAUGUCUUCUGGGUUGUGUCUCUCAAUACACUGUUCAUUCUUGUUUUUGCAUUUUGUCCUUACCACAUUGGUCAUUUCUCCCUUGUUGGUUUGGGAUUUGAAGAACAUGUCCAAGCAUCUCAUUUUGAAGGCCUAAUCACAACCAUAGUUGGGUAUAUACUUCUAGCAAUAACGCUGAUAAUUUGUCAUGGCCUGGCAACUCUUGUUAAAUUUCAUAGGUCUCGCCGCUUACUGGGAGUCUGCUAUAUUGUUGUUAAGGUCUCUUUACUGGUGGUGGUAGAAAUUGGAGUAUUCCCUCUCAUUUGUGGCUGGUGGUUGGAUAUCUGUUCACUGGAAAUGUUUGAUGCUACUCUGAAAGAUCGAGAGCUGAGCUUUCAGUCGGCCCCAGGCACCACCAUGUUCCUGCACUGGCUGGUGGGGAUGGUGUAUGUGUUCUACUUCGCCUCCUUCAUCCUGCUGCUCAGGGAGGUACUUCGACCUGGUGUCUUAUGGUUUCUAAGGAAUUUGAAUGAUCCAGAUUUCAACCCAGUGCAGGAAAUGAUCCACUUGCCCAUUUAUAGGCAUCUCCGGAGAUUUAUUUUGUCAGUGAUAGUCUUCGGCUCCAUUGUCCUCCUGAUGCUUUGGCUUCCCAUCCGGAUCAUCAAGAGUCUGCUGCCGCAUUUUCUCCCCUACAAUGUCAUGCUCUAUAGUGAUGCUCCAGUGAGUGAACUGUCCCUUGAGCUGCUGCUCCUCCAGGUCGUCUUGCCAGCAUUACUGGAACAGGGACAUACCAGGCAGUGGCUGAAGGGACUCGUGCGUGCGUGGACGGUCACCGCUGGGUACUUGCUGGAUCUUCAUUCCUAUUUACUGGGAGACCAGGAAGAAAAUGAGAACAGUGCAAAUCAACAAGUGAACAAUAACCAACAUGCUCGAAAUAACAACGCUCUUCCCGUGGUGGGGGAAGGCCUGCACGCCGCCCACCAAGCCAUCCUCCAGCAGGGAGGGCCUGUCGGCUUUCAGCCUUACCGCCGGCCUUUAAACUUCCCUCUCAGGAUUCUGGUGUUGAUCCUGCUCAUGUGUGUGACGCUGCUCAUCGCCAGCCUCAUCUGCCUUACCUUACCAGUGUUUGCUGGCCGUUGGCUCAUGUCCUUUUGGACGGGCACUGCCAAGAUCCACGAGCUCUACACAGCUGCCUGUGGUCUCUAUGUGUGUUGGCUCACCAUCCGGGCUGUGACGGUGCUGGUGGCGUGGAUGCCACAGGGGCGCAGAGUGAUCUUCCAGAAGGUGAAGGAGUGGGCGCUCAUGAUCAUGAAGACCGUGAUUGUGGCGGGGCUGCUGGCGGGCGUCGUCCCGCUCCUGCUGGGGCUCCUCUUCGAGCUCGUGAUCGUUGCUCCCCUGCGAGUUCCUUUGGAUCAGACGCCUCUUUUCUAUCCAUGGCAGGACUGGGCACUUGGAGUCCUGCAUGCCAAAAUUAUUGCAGCCAUAACAUUGAUGGGCCCUCAGUGGUGGCUGAAAACAGUAAUUGAACAGGUUUAUGCAAAUGGCAUCCGGAACAUUGACCUUCACUACAUCAUCCGGAAGCUGGCAGCUCCAGUGAUCUCUGUGCUCCUGCUGUCCCUGUGUGUCCCUUAUGUCAUUGCUUCCGGUAUUGUUCCUCUACUAGGUGUAACUGCCGAAAUGCAGAACCUGGUCCACCGGCGGAUUUAUCCGUUCUUGCUCAUGGUUGUGGUAUUGAUGGGGAUCCUGUCCUUCCAGGUUCGCCAGUUUAAGCGCCUUUAUGAACAUAUUAAAAAUGACAAGUACCUUGUGGGGCAGCGCCUGGUGAACUACGAGCGCAAGUCUGGCAAGCAGGGCACCUCUGCGCCUCCCCCACCGUCGUCCCAAGAGUAAAGCGGUUGUUCUGCUCCUCGGCCUUCCCCUCGCCUUCACGUGUCCUCCUUGUGGACUUCUCGCUUUGGAGAGUUCCCGUGGUCUCUCGGCGUUGUUUUUAAGUUCACCGAACGUGACUUGUACCCUCAGCGCUCAGAGGGCGGCUCGCCAGCUCUGCUGCUGCACCCUGCAUCUGCCGACAUCACUGCUGUCUGAGAUCUGUAUAUGUGUACAUAGAAGCUCCUUGAUACCCUAAAACCUUGGAUUAAACAGAAUGUGCAUUGUACAUCUUUAAACAAAUGUAUAUUAAUUUAUUAAAUCUAGUUGUCACUUUAUUUUGGACCUGCUGUGAUCUCGACAGGAAUCGUGCCGGAGCAGGAGCGCUCGGGCGAGCCUUCAGCCGUGGGCGCAGGUCCCACUUGCUGCUCCCGCGUGCUCUGUGUGUCUGGGAGCCGCCGCAGGGCAGCAGGCGGCCGCGCAGCGGCUCUGCGCUCAGAACGGGAACCGCGCGCUGCGCUGCCGUCCUCGGAAGUUCUUUUGUAUAACACCAAAGCUGUUGUACAUUUUCUACUGCCUGAUUUUUUUCAUGUUGUCUGUGUUUGUAAUAUUGUAUAGUAUCUUGUGCUAGGUGAGGAAAUUAUUUUUAAUUUUGAUAAUUUAAUAUUCCUACGGAUCAGCAUUGGGAAUCAGGUUUGUGUGCUUGUUAGGGCAUGUCUGUACUUAGGGGAAAAGGUCAAAAAAGGGUACAAAGGAGAAUUCUCAACAGUCCACGUAUCCUCCUUCCAUAUAGCUCUUACUUUUUGGCCAGAAGUGUCAUGCAAGGUCAUAAAUCUUAAGGAGUAACACCAACACCAGCGCUGCGUCUUACCGGGGCCAGACGUUCCGAGCUGCUCGUCGAGCAGAGUCGGCCGUGCGCGGUGCCGGAGCCUGAUGAGGAUGCCUGCUCCUGCUGGUCAUGUGUUGUUGGGGAGGGAGUAGUGUGCCCGUUUCUCCUGCUUUCAUCAGUAAAUCUGAAUUUCCAGAGCUUUUUGUUGACAGAAUAAAACUGCCGAGGAAGCUGGCUGAGCUGGCCUUCUAAUGCAGGCCCGUACUGUACCGCAGAUGUGCUGUGGAGCAUCUCAGAGAGCUGAACACAUAGAACUCGGUUUCCCUUGGUACCAGAGCGUCCAGGCCGAGUUCAGAGGAACGAAUGGGAUGGUUGAUUCCGGGACCCAGGUGUUCAGUGCUGGCAGGAUAUUGUACGGACACUGUUUGCUCUUAGUGGCAGUUUAGGAGUUCUCAUAGAAAGUGUAGGUCUUUAGAAACUGUGAAGAGAUUUCCAUAUAGUAUUAAAACCCGUAGAUUAAAAGCAGAACUUUUAAAAAAUAUGAACAUCAGCCAAACAUUAGCUACCAAAAUCAAGAGCAACAUAUUCUAAAGGUUUUAUUUCUUAGUAAUUUUCCCCCAAGUGGUAAGGAUAUACUUUAAAACAUCAGUAUAAAAAAUGCUUGAGAUAAGGUUCAGUGUUAACACUCUUUGGCACUUUGUAGUAACCCUCUCUCGUCUUGCAAGACUUAUAUUCAGAAAUACAGUACUACUGUAAAAAUAUGGAGCAUUUAAAAGCAUAAUGCCAUCUGUCAUAGUAUAUGGCUACAGAAGCUCUUUUCAUGAGGAAAAUAAUGAAUUUUUCAUACAAGUUGAUCAAAAAUUUAAGUUUCUUUUUAAUUUUCAGAGAAUUUGUAGAUUUUUACUUAAAACCAUUAGAGUCAGAAGCAUAAAGAUUGUCAAUUCUAUGAAAUUCUAAAUCUUACAUUUUGUUUAAAAAAAAAAAAAAAAAAAAAGCGUGUGUGUGUGUGGCCAAAACUUGUCCUUGUUUUCUGUUCCUGGCAGGUAACUUUAUACUGUCUUCCUGAGGACCCUUCCCUGCAGGUGUGCGCUGUCCUGUGUUUUCAGUGAGAGAAACCCUUUCUAAGGAGGAGAGCCCUGGCGCUUCUGCUUGGGUGGCAUCCAGGCUUUAUUAUUAACCAGUGGUUAUAAUUAUUUCAGACCUAUAGAUUAUAAAGCGUUAGUUUUGCUGCCCUUCAUAUAGAUUUCCUUUUAAGUCAUGGUGUAGUUUUCUUUCAUUUUCCAUUGAGCUAAAACAGUCUUCAAGGAGAAAGACCUUGUUGCUUUAUGUUUACUAUUUAUAAGUUGAAGACAAAUCAGCAUUUGAGGUUAGUCUCACGCGGCCAGUUUCCAGUAGUCAUAGCAUGAGGUGUUCAUUUGUUCAUUAUUAGCAAAUUAUGUUGGUUUUUGAAAUAUAAAGUGCUAAUAUAGCUGAGAUGAAAACCGAAGAAAAACAGCAGUGUGGAAUUUGUGUGUAGCUAGCCUUUAAAAAGCCAUACCUUUUUAGCCAGCCCCUGCUCCCCCUUAUUCUCUGGAGAAACAAAGAAGAUGGGACAUCUCCAUUCCAGGUGUAAACAAGCCGUUUUUAUUUCCACGUUUAAUACAACUCUUGUCACCAUGGAAGCUUGUCUCGUGUUUUUUUCUGUCCCUCAUACAAAUGACAGGGUAAGUUCCCUCAAGUGAUUUGACCCUAAAUGUGUCAUUCUGUGUUAGCAUUAUGCUAUCAAAGCAUAACUGAGUUUAGGUUGAAUUAAUGUAAAAACAAAACAGAAGAGAAACACUGGAAAUUUCUACACUGUAUUGUGUUUACAAACACACACAGGAGACUAGUGCCAAAGAAGGCUGGCACUUUUUAAAGCCGCUUUGUUUUAUUUUCAGAAAUGGAAACAUUAGGCUAUUUGCUCAUCCUUUUUUACACUAUAAGAGCCAGUGAUUCUGUUUAAACCCUCCUUUAGAAUAUGAAGUCACGCCGGGAGAAGACACGAAUGCGCGUUACCACCGCAGUGUUGUGCAAGCCUCACAGUGGCGGGCGGCCGUCUCUCCCAGCCUGUCUCAGCUACCUGCUUAGUCUCCUGUCAGCCAGGUGUCCACGUUCCAGCUUACUGCUGUCUUGGGUCGGGUUUCUAAAAACCAUCACGAGUAAGGGCUUCUUCCAAAUAUCCCUGAUGAUAUCUUGGGCAUCAGUAUAGCAUCAAGAUGUGUAUUCCUGUCUAUUUCGUAUGAGUGCCUCAUUUUGUAGUCAUGAAAGUAAUAAAACACCAUAGAAGAAAAUGUAAUAGCUAAGGCCUAGGAAUGACUGGUAGAAGCCAAAUAGAACACUUAGGCAAUUGGGUUGUCGGUUUUUUAUUAAAACACCCUAGAUACCUAGACCAAUUUUAUAUGUACACAUUAAAAAUGUUCCCUUUUUAUGUGGUCAUUUGUUGCCUUCUGAGUUGAUAGAACAAAACCGAAUAAAGUGGAUGUUAGUUGUA